AAAAACAAAACAAACAAACGCUAACGCUAUAUAAGAAAUUUAGAGUGACAGCCGGAACCCAAGUGCAACAUCUAUUAACAAAAAGCUAUUUCUUAUGUUACCGUGUGAAUCAAUGACUUUAUUUAAAUACACAGCGCUGUUAAUAAGUUCAUUAAGUUACAUCUCCACAGUCUCUCAUGACGGCUUGUAUUUUCUUAGACACGCCACACAUCACGAUGUUUUAUGCCCAAAUCUUCACCUCCAAACGAAGCACAUUAGCCAAGAUAUGGCUCGCAGCCCACUGGGAGAAGAAAAUAACCAAAGCACACGUGUUUGAAUGUGACCUAGAGACCUCCAUCAAGGAGAUCCUAUCGCCCCAGAUUAAAAUCGGUCUGCGAACUUCAGGUCACCUUCUUUUAGGAGUUGUCCGGAUAUACUCGAGGAAGACCAGAUACCUUCUCACAGACUGCAGUGAUGCAUUGGUCAAAAUCAAUGUGGCUUUCCGGCCAGGACAGACAGAUCUGCCUGAGGGUGCGAUGGAGGCCACGUUAAAAACUAUCACUCUACCAGAGGACUUCACUGACUUUGACUACAAACUGCCUGAUCUCAACACUAUUGAUGUGGUCGAUCACUUCUCUUUGAAUCAGUGCCGGACUGAAGAUAUUACUCUCAAAGAGUCCUUUGAGAACCACUUUCUCACCAUGGACCGAAUUGGUGAGGAAAUCCAGUCAUAUCAAGGAUUGUUUGAUCAGAGUUUCAGUGUUCACGGCGACUGCUUUGGUGAUGAAGAAAUGGCUGUCGACCUCAUCGAUUUUAUAGCAAAUACUACAGAUGCUGCUGUGGUGCCUGAUCUCUGUGAGGACACCCCUAAUGAGUUACCAGCUACACCUCCUCCUACCGCUGUCACCGCUGCAGGAAAUGAUGAACAUUCCUGUUUAAAGGGUAGGACCAGUCCAGCCCUGACUGAGACCACUUUUCUGGUAAAUCCAGAGGAAGGCUUUGCUCUUGCACCUGUUGCUGGCACACCAUCUCCAGCAAGGAAAAGAAGCACGAGGAAGCGGAAGCUAAUUAUUGACCGGUCAAAGGAGCUCACAAACGAUGACAUCAGGAAUCAAUUGACUGACUGCUCUGACCUUUUAACCCCAUUGGAGAUAGCCCCGCCCACUCGCCAGCUCAUGGAGUGGAGGGAAAAUGGAGGAGUGAAGCAGCUUUUCUCCAGUUUUUGUCUGCCAUUCAUUCACCCUGAAUUAAAGCAGCUGUUCCCUUGUGGCACACCACGUAGGAGACCAGGUUUGGAGGGAGGAGCAAGACAGCAGACUGACCAUGAGGAAAUAGAGCAACCUAGAGAGGCAGUCUGGGAGAGCACUGCUCAGCCGGUGCUGGAUGACUGGAGUUUGUUGCAGGAGUCUGUUGGUCCUAAUCAACCAGCAGGUGAAGACACUACUGUAGAAGCAUCUAUCACUCGUCCAGGACCUCCACCUCUGUGGAACACCACCAGUGAGGAGAGUAGGUUGGAGGUGUCAUAUCCAGAGCCUCUCUCUGACACCUCCAUGUUUGUUCAUCCAUCUGGAGGGAUAAGGGAAACCCCAGUGACACAGACACAGUCUGCUUUGAAUAGCCAGGAUGUGGAGGAUAAGAGAAUGACCAGUCGGGCACACGACCUCCUCCAAGCACUCAAAAGACAAGACUCUUCUCCCGAUGCCGUGUACAGUCUGCAUGCUUUAUGUGAGAGCAGCAAUCGUUCAUAUGUGGCAGCCAUGUUUUUCUGCCUGCUGGUGUUGAGGAAACAACAAAUCCUCAACCUGCACCAGAGCGCCCCAUACAGUGACAUCAUCGCCACACCUGGGCCUCUCUUUUCCUCUCUCUAGAGCUGGCAGCCAUGAAGCAACGGAGGGAAACCCUUUAGAGACGUUAGAGCUCAUUAAAGGACUUUGCGGUGUCAUACAUGUUUUUGGUUGGAAGAAAAUGUGAUAGAUUUCUGUCAAAAUUUUGACAUUGUGUUUGAAAUUCCCAUAGAGACCUUCUCAAAAAAUGUCUCUGGUCUAUGAAACGUGUUUGUAUAGUGUUAUACUGUUUCUUAAAUAUAUAUAUAUAAUUCUCAGAGCUGUAUGAUCUGGGUUAUGGUUGAAAAUUACUGUAGAGUAGCACACAGAUAUCAAAUGAACCUUAAUAUGAUUGUUUCAGUUUAACCAAUUUCAUGAACUAAAUUAACUAAA